CAGAAAGCUCAAACACUGGACUGUCCAGUUCAAAACCGGACACCUGGCAACCCUAUGCUUUCCAUGCUGCUGGGUGUAAUGGUGCAAGGGCCAGGAGCAUCAGGCUGGUGGUUGGUUGUGGGGGGCCGGGGGUCAGGCAGAGGGGCAAAACUCUGACCCUAAUUUAAAGGGGCUUCUGUUGCGCCUCCUCCACUGUGUAUUCCAGAUGACACCAACAUCUUUCUGGUUUGCAGCUGGUCUCCCUCAGCGUUAGAUCCAGGGUACAUGUCUGUAAAUGAGGGUCUAAAAUGCCCUCCCCUCCUGCUACAUAUUUUGCAUGACUUCGCCUGUUAACUCACAGCCCUUCCGCCCAUCCCCCACGGCCGUGCUCUUCUGCCUUCAGUUUCGAUUCUUCUUACCAGCUGGACGGGAGGAGGCGCCUGCUCCGCCCAAGAAACCCAAGCGAGCGGAGCCGCCCACCGCUCAGUCCCGUCCUACCCCCGGGGAAGCGAGCAGGGAUGUCGGACCCCGCGGUCUGCAGCUUCAUUACCAAGGUGCUGUGCUCCAGCGGGGGGCGGCUGGAGUUCAGCCAGAUCCCCCAGCACGUGGGGCUCCCCGAGCCGCAGCUGGAGCAGAUCCUGCGGGAUGUGGGGCACGAGCGGUUUCUGGUGCACAUGCAGGGGGGCUGCCGCUGGGUGCUCGCCGUGUCGCCGCUGCGGCUCUGCGUCCGCAAGGAGUGUGCGGGCUGCCAGUGCCUCCACUUCUGCAAGCUCAACCUCAUGGGCAAGUGCAACUUCGGAACCCGGGCAUGUAAAUACUCCCAUGAUAUCUUCUCAGAUGGGAACCGCAAAGUACUGAAGAGCCAUGAAGUCAGUGGCCUUAAUGAGAAUGAGCUGAGGGUCCUCCUUCUCCAGAACGACCCUUUCCUCCUGCCUGAUGUAUGCCAAUUCUAUAACAAAGGGGAAGGACUGUACGGGUCUUGCAGCCAGCAAGGCAGUUGCAACAAACUUCAUGUUUGCCGACAUUUCCUCCGCGGAGAGUGUAGGUUUCCAACGUGCAAGAGAUCCCACAAGAUUCUGGACAGCAAUGUGCUGAUGUUGCUGCUAGCAGAAGGAUUAAAUAGGAGUGUGGCAGAGAACAUCCAGAUCAUCUGUGAUCACAAGCAUGCCGAGUUCAGCAAGGUGGUGGGCCAGAGGAGAAUGCCACACUACAGAGCAACACAAGUUAAAUAUGAAGUGGAACCAAGUGCUGGGAAUCCAGAAGAAAUCAGACCUAAGCCCACUUCUACACCAGCCUCUACACCAUAUGUGCCUCCAUCACAAGCCAGGACCGGAGCCGGAACUGCGUGUCAAGUGGGCCAGAGCCACAUGGCGGGGAGCGACUCUGGUGACCGGAGGUGGCUAGGGUCAUGUGGUGGGGAGCCUAAUGGGGGUGCCAAGACCGUGGCUGCCUUCCUCACCCUCCCCCCACCCAUGCCCAGCUCAGCAGUGAACAAAGGUUGCGAGGGGGAACAAGCAGGAGGCCGGUUCGCAGCACCUCACGUCCCCUGCAGAGCACUAGCAGGUAUUAAAGCGGUUCCUUCUACUAAAGUUUCUGUGCGCAAAGACAUUGAAAAACGUGAUGAGAUAUGCCUGUACUAUAUCUGGAGGCACUGCAUACAUAAAGGUAAAAAUGUUCUUUCUACAGGUAUUAAAGCGGUUCCUUCUACUAAAGUUUCUGUGCGCAAAGACAUUGAAAAACGUGAUGAGAUAUGCCUGUACUAUAUCUGGAGGCACUGCAUACAUAAAGAUAACUGCAGGAUGAUUCAUUAUUCUCUGCCUUAUCGAUGGCAGACAUUUAAUGGAGUCAACUGGAUUGAUCUUCCCAGAAUGGAGGUAGUCGAAAAGGCUUAUUGUGACCCCCAAAACGACAGCGUAGCAGACCAGAACAUCAAUUUCAAGUCACUUUCCUCUACUUCUACUUUGUUUCGACGUCUCUCCACACCUUCAUCGGUUACAAAGCCCUCCAAAUUCAUACUGACAACAAAAUGGAUUUGGUACUGGAAAAAUGAUCUAGGCAAGUGGAUUGAAUAUGGGAAACAGGAUGGGCUGCGUGACGCUUCUGCGCUAACUUCUGAUGACUUGGAGAAUUUAUUUCUGGCGGCUCCAAAUGACACGGUACAAUUUCAAGCUGGAUCCCAAAAUUAUGAGAUCAGUUUUAAAGAAAUGGUGCAGAAAAAUAUCCACUAUCAGACUCAAAGAGAAGUCCGCAGGCGACCAAAGUUUGUGUCCUCUGAAGAUGUGAAAAAGAUGAAGAAAGGCCAAACAGGGACUGCUGCUACUCCAGAUCAAAACUAUCCUAAACACUGGGACAAAUCAGCAUUGCCUGACAUGGGGUACAAGACAGUGGAGAUCACUAAGACAUCCUCUGAAUACACUGACAUCGAAAGCCUAUUUAAAAAGACAAUGAACAACUUUGCUAUCCAGAGAAUAAGACGGAUUCAGAACCCGUCCCUGUGGCAAGUCUUCCAGUGGCAAAAGGAGCAGAUGAAGAAGAAAAAUGGAGGGAAAGAUGUAGAUGAGAGGCUCCUGUUCCAUGGAACUAACAGUUCCUAUUUGGAAGCCAUCUGCAAUCACAAUUUUGACUGGAGAAUCUGUGGGGUCCAUGGAACGAAGUAUGGAAAAGGAAGUUACUUUGCCACAGAUGCUAAAUAUUCCCACUCCUACAGUCAAUCUGCUGCAAAAGGGAACACAGUGUUUGUGGCUCGAGUUCUAGUUGGAGACUUUGUUAGAGGAGACCCAAGCUACGUUCGUCCCCCACAAAAACCGGUGAAUGGGCUCUCCUUUUACGACAGCUGUGUGGACAGUACGAUGGUUCCUUCCAUUUUUGUCAUCUUUGAGAAGCAUCAGAUUUACCCAGAGUAUAUGAUAGACUAUAGUGAAGAGGAAAAAAAAUGUUUUGUAUCUUAAAUGAGAGAGAGCAGUUUGUAUCUCUUACUGCAGCAUUCAGACCUAAUUGCACAUAUUUCUUAGUGGUUCUUAUCCUAGAUUUGAUUGUCUUGUCUAUUACUGAUCUCUCAUUUUUAAUAGAGCACCUUUCCAACUGAGACAUCCAAAGAAGUUGCUCCUUGAAGGAAGUUGGCAGGAGGAAUAUCCUGCAUACUAGAUGAUUACACUUUUUCAUCGAACUGUUGACUUUCACCUCAUAAUAUGUAAAACGUAGGGUAGCUCUACACAAGGUGGGAGAGGGUGUCAGAAUUGGGAGCAUGCUAGUGGAAUACUGGGAUUCUUUCUUUGUGCAGUAACAAUAACCUUUGGGAAUACUGAUUAGAACAGAUUUCUCUUCAGAAUUAAGUUCAGAAAGAAAAAUUGCCUAUUUUAGGAUAGUUUAUACGUAAAUUGAUUGUAUACUUAUAGCUGUUCGAUUUUGUCGUGCUCUGAAUGAUAAGUCCUUCAACUCUGGGGGUUUUACUGAGGUGGCUCUUUCCACUGCCUUGUCUACCACUGUUAAUGUUCCACCCUAUCAUUUCUAAGGAAUUAACUCAUUGUGGGUUUGACAGGGUGAUAUUUUUGGGGAGUACUGUAUGUUUAUGUACAUAUUUUAGAUUCAAAUCGCUAACUAGAAAAAUAAAGUCGCUUCUUUUAAAUCAGUGUAAUGAAUGAGGUCACAAAAGGAGGAAUUCCUCCUAUUGCACAGGCAAUGUCAACUUAGUGGUGAAAGUAGAAUAAUGCCAGCCAUGGUUCUGUUUCC